UCCCCACCGGAUUUACAAAACCCAUUUGCGCCGCUCCCAACUUUUCCGAGUGCGAAAGUAAAAGCGUUUUCCACCGAACCCGUCCAUCGACAUUGGCUCCGUUUUCGGGGGCCGAUCCACCACUGGCCUCAGAAGCACUUCGACUCCGGUCCACACAGGACGUUCGUGUCGGUCAAAUCGAAGAAUUCGCAGUCGAAUUUGUGGUCGAAUUUGUUGUGUAAUUAAAAAUAAAAAUCGAAAGGGGCAUUUGAUCGCUUCGUGCGGCACAGGAACACACAGGCACACACAGGCACACACGCUUGCGGCGAUCACGAGUCUUCCGGUUCCGCGGCUUCCUUUCGCCAGCUGCUCCAUUGCAUAAUCACCGCCAGAGAUGCCAUCGCUGCUGCGGCACCUGCUCCUCCUGACGCUGGUUUUGGCGGCCACGCCGACGCUGGGUCGCAAGGUGAAGCGGAAGGAGUCGCACUAUCACCACCUGGUCAAUGUGCCACCCCCACCCCCGCCUUCAUCAAACCAAGCAGCGGGUCCGGUGUCCCAGCAAACGGCGGUGAUCGAACACGAGGUGCCCCCCUACACCUACGAAGCCAUUAACCAUGAUGAAUUCGAGCCGGCCAAGGUGAAGCUGUCCCACUUCGAGGCCUCAUCCGACUACAUAGUGCACACUCUGCACAAUGGAGGUGGAGGUGGGGGUGGUUACCUCGCGGAUAACGGACUGCGGAGCAUAGCCAAAGGCUCAGCGGAUCAGGCUCUGUCCGCAGUGGCCAGCCAAAAUGCGGCCGGCAAGCAGGCCUCGUAUGUGGCCAAAAGCACUUUGGCCCAGGCGGCUGCUCAGGCAGCCGGCACUGCAGUGGCCGUGCUCAAGGGCAAGGAGGUGCUGCUCCAUCGACUGGAGGAUCAGAGUGUGGAGGCGCACAAGGCGAUGGAGAACGAGCUGACCCAGUUGCAGCAGGCCAAGCGAUCGGCGAAAGCGGCCCAAUAUGCCGCCCAGCAGGCCAUCAACCAUGUCAGUGUGCUAACCGCAGCACUCAACAAUGCCCAAUCCGCAUCGGAAUUGGCGCAAAAGGCGGCCUCCGAGGCAGCCGCCGAGUUGGCCUCCCAAAUCGACAUGGUGGCCCAGGCCAAGACCAAGCUGGAGCACGCUGAAUCGCAGGCCUAUGCUGCUCGCUUGGACUACGAGGAGACGCGGGAUGCGGCUGAGAAGGCCACCCUGUCCGCCCAGGAGGCCCACCUCAAUGCCAACGAUGCCGCCUUGCACGCCAAUGUGGAGCUGGCCGAGUCGACCCACAUCCAUGAGAAGAGCGACCGGAAUGUUAGGGAACCGCCGCGGAACCAUCGACGUCCAUGAGGCUCUCUUCCCUGAUCCACGCUUUUAAUCUCUAUUUAUUUGUUUUCCUUAUUUAAUGAUUAUG